GCUCGACGAUUCCUUUCCCGCCCUCUACCAUCCCUGAGGUUGCCCCGUGCUCGCUGUCCAGAACAGCGUCCACGCCCGCUCCUCGCCGUCUCCGACACUGUGUACAGUGCUUUCGGAUUCUCACAUUCCUUAAGUCCAUUUGACUUGACCGCGUCAAAGUACGGUCAUUCGACCCAUCCGUGCUCGUGGUUCGCAAACUCUAUCUCCCACAAUAAAAAUUACUUCUAUAAUAUCGCCUAACUCACCUUUGACUUUGCCCGCCACCGUGUUGAGCACUUUGGCUAGGACUUGCCUAUCCCUCGGACCCCCGGUGGCCACCGUUACUGUUCGCUACCGGGUUUACGUUGCCCAUCGCGAUCUCUGUCAGGUUCACACUUUUUCUCUGCCAGCUUCACUCGGCAUCUCCGUCGCCCUCCAUCGCGCUCAUUGUCUUCUACAAGCCAUUCCCACCCUUACGGACUUCACGAUUUCUAGUCAGUUCAAGAUCGCUGGUUCCUUGACCCGCUCUGGAUUCUUUUAAGCUUCUCCUCGGAUCCCAUACCUAACACUAGUCCUUCUGGAUUCACACACUAUCACACUGCGUUGAACGGUUCAACGCGUCCAUCGGUACCGUUUAUUCCCAUUGUCCUUCUUCUCCCCCCCACUCAUCCUUUUUUCGCCUUCGAAUGGCCAUUCACAGCUAGGACCCCCCUCACUACCUAUACCUUUGCAUCCAUACAGUGAUACCUAUACAUGGAUUCCCCACCGACUUCCCCUCGUCUGCUACAACGACGAGAUCCCGUCCCACUCCUUCUAUCUUCAUUUCCCGCUCCGCCCACUCAUAUUCCCGUCAGUCCUCUCUCUCCUUCCCCUUCAUUUCCUCCGUCGUCUGCAAACCCCCCUUCGUCCCCAAACCCUCCGCCUUCUGCACCACCCGCCAGCCCUUUACCCCCUGUUCCUGGUCCCUCGCCGAUAUCGGAACAUGACACCCUGAUGUUUAUGUCCGCCGCCCGAACAAGGCGUGCUUCCAAGCUCUCGCUUGCGUCAUCAGGCAGUUGCUCUAAGCGAGACUCAACGGCAACGUUAGCGAGCAUCCUCACUGCUUCGAACAGUAACAUCAGUCUACCCUCUUUGUCACCGAGCGGAAGCUUGACACAACUUGAUUCCUCCAAUCGAUCGCUUCGAUCGUUGUCCUCGACCGGUUCACACUCCUUUCCAACUCGGUACGGUAGCGAUAAACUAUCUUUAAAGGAACCGAGGAUAUGCGAAGAGGAACCUGCGGAUCUUACGCGCAUGUCUCUGGACGAGAUUACUCCUGACCACGAAUUCAGUGACGCCGAGGGCGAGGACCUACUCGAAUUUGGUCUAUUGCAACCGUCGUUAUCCCGGGGUAAGCGUCCGGUUCACCAUGGUCGUGGGUUCAAUGAUUCAAUAUCGUCGAUUGACAUGCGAGAUCUACCAGCUUUACAAGAGGACGAACUUGAGGAUAUCCGUGUGCCUCACACCCUGCCACCUUCCCUGAGUCGUGUCAACAAGCUCAAGGCCUCGUCGUCUUCGCUCGCUCGGCAGUUCUCGGUGUCAAAGUUGAACAAGGAACUCCCGCCAAUCCCCUCUUCAUCCUCUCGGCCUCCGGAAGAUGCGCAAUCCAAACGUGCAGAAAGCCCCGAUAUUCGCACUAUCCUUGCUUCCACUCCGAAACCACACCGGAAAUCCGCAGUCUCUCUAGGCUCUGCUGCCCACAGAUCACGCUCAGGCUCCCGGACGCGUCGAUCAUCAACUCGUACGGGACCCAAACGACGCGUCAGUGAGGGUCAAGUCGCGUCCGGACCUAUCACCAUCACGAUUGACUCCCUCAAAGGUCGUCGAUCUGAUGUCAUUGUGUCUUCGGAACUGCCAUAUGUCCAAACAGGGGAGCUGGAGAGACAUGACAAUGAUUCAGAUGAUUCAGAUUAUGGCGUCGCUCUUGAUGGGACAGGUACUGCCCUCGAGAUAUUUGACAAAGAGCUUGAGGAUAGGCUCGAGAGACAGCUGGAGGGCGAUGGCAGCGAUUCGGAUUCGAGUAUUGACAUUCAUACUCCGUUACCGCAUUUAAUGUUGCGCGAUGGCUUGCUUUCACCGAAUUCUAAACUGCUUCCUCAAUCUUCACGGGCCGGCACGCCACUAUCAAUGAUCUCUGGGCGUCCGGGAAGCAUGAUGAGUGUUGCAUCCACUGUCAUGACCAAAUCGGGCAUCUACAAAGAUCAACGCGAUACAGUGCAACGACGGGUACGACACAGAGAUGGUAGACUUUUGCGAGGAGGUAUUGGAUUGACCACUGGGCUUGGGUGGAGUGAUAGCGAGGAUGAAGAUGCACCGUCGCCCUUAACUACACGGCUUUCUUCUCUCACUCUCUCGCGCUCGUCAUCCUCAAACUCGGUUACAUCAAAGCUAUCCUCUUCUCGGUCCGUAGGGGAGGGCUUACGCUCUGCACGAUCCGCUGCACCACCCUCGUCUUGGCAGCAUUCUUCGCUCCGGACAAGCGGUAGCAGCACUUCUACUGAUUCCUUCAAUAGUGGGGGAUCUAUACGGACAUCUGUAUCAAGUCAGUUGUCGGUUUCGACAAGCAGGCGGACAUCAGAGAGUACUGCUCUCGCGUUGGAUCACAUUCACGAGCACGAAGAAACCGCCUCUUCCAGCGCAUCGACCGCCAGUUUGCCUAUGCCUGUCACACCAGCAGAUGAUCUCAACGAUCAUUCUUGGUCUGGGCCGAGUAAGGGCAAGACGUCCAUUUCAUCCUUGUCAUCAAUGAAGACGCCGUCGCUCCGUCGCAUUCCGUCAGGUAUACCGUCUCGCUCGGCGUCAGGUACGACAAAGCCUUCAGACACCGCGGUGCGCAAGAGGACGAUCUCGUCGUCAUCGAACUCAUCCCUCGCUGCUUCCUCCGGCUCACAUGCAGGAUCCUCUCUGCCUACACCUAUGCAGCGAAACCCCAACAUCCCUAGGCCGCUCCGUUUACCGUCUUUAGGUUCGAAGCCACCCACCUCUAGGCCGAGCGUCGCACGAAGCAGUAGCGAGAGUCAGCCAUCGUCUAGGACAGCAACUUCAAGGAUACGAACAACGUCAGGAGGGUUGGGACCGGUACCAUCGUCACGGCUCGCGCGACCAUCGAUGCCUCAGCUCUUGCAGAGCCAGUCGGCGUCCACACUUUCUUCGUCACAAUCUACUCCACCCGAGCGACCGAAGCCACGGACAGGCACGGGUAUGGUAUAUCGCACGUCAACAACACGUUCACUUCCUGGGAGUGCUCGUCCCCCAGGAACAAGUUUACUUCGACCGCCUGCAAGUGCAGGGCUAAAUAGGGGGAGCGGGUUCCCUGUAUAAUUGUGCAACUAGGUUUUCUCUUCCCGUUUAAUGCCAUUUGCUUUGCAUCUGUUUUGUUUCAUGUUCGUUGCAUUAGUUACAUUAUGAUCUAUAAAUGCCCCUACACCCAAACAGUUCACUGCAUUUCUACUACAUGUCGUUCAUUAUCCUCACCCGUUGUUCACACAUUUGUAUACCCUACGCCAUAGCUUCGCAUUGGAAUGGUUUGUUUUUGGAGCGCAUAGGAAGCGUUUUUAUUGUAAUUAGAUCCAGUUAGCUUAGAGGUUAUAUAGGUUUGUUUCGAAUGGAUUGCAUUGUGUAC